AUGACCAGAUACGAGAUAUUGUUCAUUACACAAACAACGCAUAGCUGGGGAUCACAAUGGAUGUGGCAGCGCUGGAUGGACAAGUGGAACGUGAACUAUAGCAAUGCUGAUGAACUGAGAUGUAAACCAUUUCGUCUAAACAGGGUUAAGGUAUUGACGCUUUUACCCACUGAAGAUUCCUGGAUUAAUGAAUUAUUGAACACACAGAAAAGAGUUUGAAGUUGCUUUUCUGUUUUACACCGCUCAUAUUUAAACUGAAUUUCCAAGAUGGGGAACGGAUUAUCAGAACAGAGGCCCAUUUUGUCAAGUUUUCCGUCUUUUCAGGCUUUCCAUAUUGCUAUUCUGGGCUUGGACUGUGCAGGGAAAACCACAGUGUUGUAUCGACUACAGUUCAAUGAAUUUGUUAACACUGUCCCGACAAAAGGAUUUAACACCGAAAAAAUCAAAGUAACACUAGGAAGUUCCAGAACAGUGACUUUCCACUUCUGGGAUGUGGGCGGCCAGGAGAAGUUAAGACCUCUGUGGAAAUCAUACACAAGGUGCACUGAUGGCAUCAUUUUUGUAGUAGACUCUGUAGAUGCAGAAAGGAUGGAAGAGGCCAAAACAGAAUUGCAUAAAAUAACAAAGAUAUCUGAAAACCAAGGCGUACCCGUUCUAGUAAUCGCAAACAAACAGGACCUAAGGAAUUCAUUAACUCUUUUAGAGAUUGAAAAACUGUUAGCACUACAUGAACUAAGUUCCUCCACCCCUUGGCACCUGCAAGCCACAUGUGCAAUCAUAGGGGAUGGACUCAGAGAAGGACUGGAGAAACUUUAUGAAAUGAUUGUAAAACGGAGAAAGAUGUUAAGGCAGCAGAAAAAGAAAAGAUGAUUCCCAGGAAAUAAACUGCAGUUUGCAAGUGAAGCUGUAUCAUGCUGAUGUUGUUUUUGUUUGCCAUAAGUGGAUCCAGAGUCACUGUUUUAGUCAGUUGACUGAAGUCAUGCCCACAAUAAAUGGUUACAGCUAAAGCUGAGUUUUAUCAGUAGUGCUGUGCAAGGUGUAAGGUGCAUGAAAGCAAUCCAGAAACUGUUUCUUCUAUUUUAGAAAAUGUGAAAGUUAUAACUGAAAGCAUUAAACAAAUGUACCUGUUCAGUGUUUCGUUAGGAAGAAAGAAUGUUAUUCACAGAUAAGGCCAAAGUGACAAAGUAAAAGGCGAAGUUAUAGCGGUCCCAUUUUCUGAGGACAAGAAGCUUAACACUUUAAGUGUUUAUUGGCUUUCAAAUGAAUACUAUUUUGACAUAUUUGUCAGUGAGCACAAUGCUGGUAUCUACCAAAAGCCCUCUAUAUUGAUUAUUAAAAGGCCUUGCUGCAACCCAGUGAUCAUUUGAAGAUGUAGUAUAUUGACACAUUCAUUUGUCUGUUGUGAGAUGUUUUUGGAAUUGUAUCAAUCCAUAAUCCAAGGCCUUGAAUCAGAAUAAUUGUAUUUUUCUGGAUUCAGGUCAAAGGUACAUGUGGGAGACAGGAGACAUUUUUUUGAUGUUGCUAUUUUAUUUAAAAAAAAAAGGUCAAUAUUCCUAGCUACAAAUAGAAAGCAUACAUUCUCCUGAUUACUGGGUACAGUGUAAUAAGAACAUGGAACAUCCUGGUCUUUUGCAGUACAAAGUUGUAGUAAACUUGACCUUUGGCCACUGUUUGUGUAAAAAGCUAAAAUGGUUCCAUGCUGUAUCCUUUUCUAACUGGUUGUAAGUCUUAACCUGGGGGGUGUAUGUCAAUGUAAAGACAGGGAAAUAAAAAAGGUUAGUUUUUAUGUGUUUAUUUUAGAAAAAGCUAAACAAAGGUGUAACUACUUGGUUUUUACUUACAAAAAUCCAUUCAUAUUGGACUGCCCGAUACUGAGCCAUGAAAAUUGUGUCUAAUGAAGUCUUAUUGUGUCUAACAUGCUUUACUUGCUCAGUCCUUCUCCGUUUAUGCUUUGAUCCUCUGUAUUUCCACUUGCUUCCUUGAGAAAUGGAUUAGGACGGGUAUUUUACUGCUCAUUCUCAAGAUUGUGUAUUUGUACAUCUGUACCAAUUCAAAACAGCUGUGUUGUAAAUAUGCUUACACAUUCUACAAAGAUAUUUAAAAUGCACUUUAGUGGUCUGUUUUCUGCAACUAGCAAUAUCAUUUGUAUGGAGUCUGAUUAUCUAUAUUUGAAGAGCGUGAAGUAGCUUCUAAAGGAGCUUGUAUUAGCUAGUUACAUGUUGUUACCGCCAGCACUAGUGGCAUUGAAGUCACUGAAUGGGUAAUGUUUAUAUUUAUAUCAAUUUGAAAAAAUAUUAGAUCUUAAUAAACAGCUACACAAAUGAA